UUUACGUGGACUACACUAUCCCGGUAGUAAAUUCAUUUCUGAAGCUUGUGCCUGUUUGUACAUUGCUGAAGAAAUACUCUGCAUGUAUUAAUACAGUAGCCAUAUGAAGAAUUCGCUCAGAUUAAUUUUAAACAGCCUAUUAUAAACGUACAUGCAUUGCAGAAGAUAAAGCAGCUCGCGUGUGAACUGGACGGAAUUGUAUUGAUGUGGAAUUGGGCCAGGUGUUAGAAUACAAAAGGAUUCCAGUCCAGCACAAGGUGUCGGGAUGAGCUUCUUCAGUUUCGGACAAACUGCUGAAAUUGACAUAGUUCUAAAUGAUGCCGAGACGAGAAAAAAGGUCGAGCACAAAACAGAGGACGGGAAAAAGGACAAAUACUUCCUGUUUUACGAUGGGGAGACAGUCUCUGGGAAAGUCAACGUAACCCUAAAGAACCCAGGCAAGAGGCUCGAGCAUCAAGGGAUCAAAAUAGAAUUUAUCGGGCAAAUCGAAUUGUACUUCGACAGAGGAAACCAUCAUGAGUUUGUCUCUCUGGUUAAGGAUUUAGCUCGGCCUGGAGAAAUGGCUCAAUCUCAGACCUUUGAUUUUGAGUUCACACACGUGGAGAAACCGUACGAGUCCUACACAGGCCAGAAUGUAAAACUACGCUAUUUCCUGCGGGCGACCAUCAGCAGGAGACUUAAUGACGUCUGCAAAGAGUUGGACAUUGUAGUGCACACACUCAGCACAUAUCCAGAACUCAACUCCUCCAUAAAGAUGGAGGUGGGAAUUGAGGACUGUCUACACAUUGAGUUUGAGUACAACAAGUCCAAGUAUCACCUGAAAGAUGUGAUUGUAGGGAAGAUCUAUUUCCUGUUGGUGCGAAUUAAGAUCAAACACAUGGAGAUUGAUAUUAUUAAACGGGAGACAACAGGGACAGGGCCAAAUGUGUACCAUGAAAAUGACACCAUUGCAAAAUACGAGAUAAUGGAUGGAGCACCUGUACGAGGUGAAUCCAUCCCUAUCCGUCUUUUUCUGGCUGGGUACGAGAUGACGCCCACCAUGAGGGACAUUAAUAAGAAAUUCUCUGUUCGUUAUUACCUGAAUCUUGUACUCAUUGAUGAAGAAGAGAGACGUUACUUCAAACAACAGGAGAUUACGCUAUGGAGAAAGGGAGACAUUGUGAGGAAGAGCAUGUCCCAUCAAGCUGCCAUCGCCUCCCAGCGCUUCGAGGGCUCGGCGAGCUCAGAGAAAGCACUCUCUCAAGCUAAAGAGGAGGACGACUAAACCCAACCAUGUCUUCUCAUCAUCUCGUGUGUGUUAGAGAGAGUGUGUGUGUGUGUGGAUUUAAAGAAGCUGCGUGCUCCCAAAAUAGAUAGUAAACAUGAUAUUUAACAUUUUUAAACAUACCAGUUUAUGAUCAACAAGUUCUUAUUAAGUUGCUUUUAAAAAGGGAUGAAUAUGAAAAGUAAAAACACUGAUUCCAAAAACCACAAUUCGAUAUUUACAAAUUCUUCUUGGCGGUUCCUCUGAGAUUGUUUACUUUUUGCCCGCCACCCUGAAUUUAAUUGACUCUGUAUAUUUAUUUCAAACAUUUCAGCAGCCCAUCUAGACAAAACCAACACAUUCCACUCUCCAUCUUCCAUUUACAGCCUUUUUAAAAUUAAUUCUGUAUUGAAUGUUUUGUUAUUGUAGAUUUGUUUUCUUUCAUAACAUAUACAUUGCAUACAGUAUUCCGUUUCUGUUUUGAAUGAAAUGGUGUUUAACUAAUUCAUAUUUUUAGUGCAUUUUUUAAUAUACUUACCGAUACAUGCCUUUUUACUUUUGUUGCCAUUCCGGAAGAUAAAUUAUAAGCACUUCAGGGUUUUUGCCAAUGUGAUUUCAGUGUCUCCAUAUCAGCCCAAAAUUACGUAAACAUUUCUGCUUAGAUUCAGCAAACAAACCAAAUUCAUUUCUAUACAGGUAUGUAGCUAAACUGAAAUGCACCUGAAUUUUAUUUUUAUUUUAUCUGUCAGAUUGUGCUGAUAUAAUGAUAUAACAUUAUACGAACAAGCUCCUUGCCAUGUUUUUAAAAGUGUCUAAAAAAAUAGAAUUUUAAUUCAGUGUUUUUGCUGUUGAUGUUUUGGUAUGGGAAACCAAAAUGUUUGACGUUGUUGGGUAACACUUUACUAUAAGGUUCAAAGUGCUAACAUUAGUUAAUGCCUUAGGUUUCAAGAACUAAAAAUUAAUCUUAGUUAAUGUUUAUUUAUAAAUUAAUUAUGAUUCAACUGCUUAUUUGUUAGUUCGUGUUGGCUAAUA